AUGGCACCGCGUCGCACAGAGAGCAAGAGCAAGCGCGUGAGCUUGAAGGACAAGUACAAGAUUCAAAAGAAGGUGAAGGAGCAUAACCGCAAGCAAAAGCGCGAUGCCCGCCGUGCCGGCAACAAGCCCAAGUCGCUGAAGAAGGAUCCAGGCGUGCCAAAGAUGCAUCCGAUGCGUGGUGAAAUUCUUGAUCAAAUCCAAGCGGCCAAGGCCAAUGCCGAGCAGGAAAAGAUUGACCGCCGUGAGCGCAAUCGCCUCAAGCAACAGUAUGCCCCCAAGAAGCUUAGUGCCCUCGAAGAGCUGCAGCGAUCUGCCGAGCAGCGUGGCCGCAGCUACGAGCGUCGGGAGCGUGUAGAGGGUCAGGCCACGCCGGGAGCGAACGACCAUCUCCUGAGUGACACCUCGCGUCGUGCCUACUACAAGGAGUUUGCUCGCGUCGUCGAGGCUGCCGAUGUCAUUUUUGAGGUGCUCGACGCCCGCGAUCCCAUGGGCAGCCGCUCGCAGUUGGUGGAAGAUGAGGUGCGCAAGCAUCCCACCAAGCGCCUCGUGCUCGUCCUCAACAAAAUCGAUCUCGUGCCACGCGACGUGGUGGAGAACUGGCUCAAGCUUCUUCGUCAAGAGUACCCCACCGUGGCCUUCAAGGCCAGUCGCCAGCAGCAACGCGACAACAUGCAACAGGAGCGCUCAGCUGUUCUUCAGGCACAUGGAGGUGCUGGAGCCCAGGGUGCCAGCAUCCUCAUGAAGCUGCUUGGCAACUACUGCCGUAACAAAAACAUCAAAACAGCCAUUCGCGUCGGCAUUGUUGGCUAUCCCAAUGUGGGCAAGAGCUCCCUCAUCAACUCCCUGAAGCGCAGCCGGGUUUGCGGUGUCGGCGCCCGCCCGGGCUUUACCAAGACCUUGCAAGAGGUCGCUCUUGACAAGCGCGUCAAGCUCAUCGACUCGCCGGGCAUCGUCUUCUCGUCCAAGUCGGACCCAGCAUCCUUGGUGCUGCGUCAUGCUGUGCGCAGUGACAACAUUGAGGACCCCACGGGCAUUGUGGAGGCCAUGUUGGCCCGUUGCGACCUGGCCGCCAUUAUGCAGCAUUACGCCGUGCCUGCCUUUGCCAGCACCACCGAGUUUUUGCAACACAUUUGCCGUCGCUUUGGCAAGUUGAAAAAGCAUGGCGCCCCAGACAUCUCUGCUGCUGCGCAGAUUGUUAUCAAGGACUUUAACGAAGGCAACGUCUCCUUCUACAUGCUACCACCUGAGCAAGUUACCGAGCAGAGUCAAGCGACAACCAAGAUUGUCGCGGAAUGGAGCGCUGCCUUUGACUUGGCUGGCAUUGAAGAGGACCAAGUCCAGGUGCUGCAGUCGAUGGAUGCUCAGCCAACUAAGAGCGGUGUUUUUGCGCUCCGUUCGGCACCCUUUGCCAUGCCUCAGGAUGACAUUCCCGAGGAUGAUGAGGAAGAGGAUGAGCUGGAAGACGAAGAGAUGGGCGGUGUAGCAGAGGGACCGCGCUUCGGAACCCGCACGACUCGCAAGGCGGCAGUUGCAGCCGAUGCCGAGGCUAUGGAGAGUGACGACGACGAGGACGUUGUUGAUGAUGAAGAUGAUGAAGAGGACGAGGACGGCGCUGGUGAUGAUGCGUUUGACUUUUCGACCGACUUUAUGGCGUAA